GACUGCAUUCGAUUGUCGGUAUUGGUUGCACAUUUUUAGCGUAUUUUUCUUUAAAUAACUACGUUUUUUACUUCGGAGUGGAAGCGAGAUAAAGUAAAAAAUGGAGAGGAAAAUGCGUGUUCGAUAAAACUUGUACUUUUCAACCAUUGCACUGUCAACGUUUACGAUAUCAUUUUUGCAAUAAGAUAUAUUUGUUUACUCGAUCUGAUUUAGGAAGUUUAUUCGCAAAAUGAGUGCUACAGAUAGUAAAGAGGAUCUUCCUUCUAAAGCGGAUGAUAUGGAAUUAAAUAGUGUCUCUAAUCAUGCGGCAAUGCCAAGUUCUAUCGAGCCCACUUUAGACGGUAAUGUUGACCAUCUACCGCCAUCCAAGGAAGCUCCUUCCGAUCCUCACGACACUCCGAAGAAUGUUAAUGAAGAAUCAGAUAAGAAUGUUGAAGAAACUGCUACCAUAUUGGAGAAAAUUGAAGAAAUUGGUGCGGGUGAUCAUAACAUUGAUGAAAAUCUCAGUCCAAUCGAAAGUGACGAAUCUGAAACUCCUAGCCCUGCUUCUAGCUCUGCAGAAGUUUCGAAAGAGCCUUCAGAGCCAUUAAAACCAAGCUCUGUAGAAGACGUAGACAGUGAAACCCAAGACGAUGAUCUAGUUUUAAAAUGGGAUGAUGAUGAUGAUGAAGAUCCUAUCACACUCCACCCUGAUAGAUGUGAAGAAAAAGUUUCUGAAGAAGCUGUAAAAGAAACCACAAAUAACGUAGAGAAAGAGCUGUUAGAUGAAAUAGAUGCACAGAUUGCCGAUUUGGAUAAAAAUUCACAGGAAAACAAAAAAGAUGGUAGCAUAACUGAAAUUGACCUCUGUAAGUCAGAUGAUGAAUGUGAAAAAGUAGGUAAUAGUUCUGUGACAAACAUAGAAGAACCUAUUCCAUCAACGGAUAAUGAUGAACAAUAUUCUAAAGAACAAACUACUGUUGAAGAAAGCAGUAAGAUUGUUAAUAUAGAUAUUGAUAGUGAUAAUAAUGCAACUCAUACAACAUCAGCCAGUCAGAAUAUUCAAACCAAAUCGCAAGAGGAAUUCGAAACAGAAUUACUCAACAAUCCUUCUGAAAAAGAAGAAGACCUUGUUGCUCCUAUGCACGAUAAUAACUCAGAACUUCUUAAUGAUUCGGAUGAGAUUAUUCAAUUAUUAAGUCCAGAAGCUGAAUCCAAAGAUGCUCCACAUAGCGCAACUGAUGGUGAAGAUGUCCUGCUUGGCAUAGAAGAUAAUAACACUCAAAUAGUAGAAAAAAAGGGUGGUAAAGCAAAAGAGGAAGUUACUACAGAAGGUAUGGAUGUAGAUACUAGUACUCCAAAAGACAUAGAAACUAAUCAAAUUCAAGAAGAAAAUGUACCAACAGUAUCUACAAUAACAAUUACCGACAGUGACAAAUCUAUUAUGGAAGUAGAUGACAUCCCAUUAGACACUACUCAAGAAGAAGAGCUACUAGAACAGGAUACUUCUACUGAUAUAGAACCUAGGGACCAUGGCUUGAAAGGAACGGAUGCUAUGAUAGAGAUACCCACACAAGAACUGAUUAAUUUGAGUAAUUUAUCUGACUCUUCAAGUAUUUCUGUAACUGAUGUUAGUGCAACUGAACCAAUCCCAGAAGAAUCAUCAAAAGAAGAACCUACAGAUGCACAGAAAGCCACUACAGCAGAAGAUUCUGUAACAAUAACCGUUGAAGCUAAAGAAACAGGUACUUCUCUAAAGCGAGACAAUGAACUUAAAAGUGCCUUUAGAACACUUGUAGAUCCAGCAGGUACUGCUGAAGAUGAACUUCUAGAAGAUAAUGGUACAGAAGAUAAAACUAUUCAAGAUAACAUAACAGAAGGUGAUAAUCAACAAGAAAAGGCUGAAGAUGAGAUGGCAGAAGUUGAUAAUAGAGAAGAUAAGACUGUUGUAGAUAAUACAGAAGAUGAGAUACAUACAGAACAUGUUGCAGUUGAAGUUUUUCAUCCGAAAAUAAGAGUUAAGAGUUUAUCCUCAAUGCUAAAUGAGCCUAGCAAAUCAUUUGAAGCUGUUGAAAGUGCUAAAAAGGGUGUACGUGAGAAAAGGAUUAGUAUAGAAAUAACUAGUGCAGAAGGAUCAAUUGUGAUAGGUCCUAGUGUGGCUAAAGAUGAUAAUAUUCCUUCUGAAGACAGUGUUAUGUUGGAUGACGCCAAACCAUCAACAUCUCAGAUGGCACCAGAUUCCUCGGAGGACGUAGGGGAAGCAACAGACAGCCUCGGUCUGCUGGCCGAGUCAUCCAGGGUCAGAGAUGAUGAUGAAGAACAGGAGACGUCUGAGCAUGAUGAUGAUGAUGAUGACUUUGAUCCUGAUGAUGAGAGCAGCAACCAAAUGGCAGCAGACCAAUCCGAAGACUCGGCUCAACAUUCAGAAGUAGACAUGCCAAAAUCCCAUCCCGCCACAGAAGGCACUCAGGACUCAAAUAACGCCCAAGACGUACCUGUCACUGACUCAAUUACAGUUAAAGACACUCUGACUCAUGACUCAGAUGCAGAUAAUAAUCUAACCGCAACAAAUCAGGACUCGAAUGAGUCUGCAGCUCCUGCAGAAGUCAAUGUAACUGAAGGGUUAGAAAAUGUUCAGAUUAAAGAUAUAGAAACUUCAACUCAAAUUGAGUCAAAUGAGAACGAAAUGAGUUUUGAGAUUGGAAAUGCUGCAAAUGAAGAAAAAGAGAAUGAUGGAGAAAUUGAUAUUGAUGAUGAUAUUGUUUGUGAAGAGGUGGAAGUGACAACAGAAAAUAUUGGUGAUGAUGUCAUGGGUCAAACAGUGUCAACGGGUCUUCCGGAAACAGAGAAGGUGGUGGAGGUACCACAAUCAUCAGAUCAGCCAAUGGAGGUGGACACGGUUAAGAUAUUAGACAAUUCUGACGAGGAGGUCCCUCCGCGGAGUAGCAAGGACUCUGCUAGUGACCUCACGAAGGAAUCUCCAACCCAACCGACCAAGCCAGACGCCCAGCAGUCUCCGUCCAAGUUGAAAAAGCUGGAGAUUGCCAAGCCGAGACACGUCGUCAACAUCGUCGACUUGGAGGAGAGUUCGUCGGAAGACGAUAUCCAGUUUCAGGUGGUUCAGAAACCCCCGUCCACUCCGGAGUCAAAGGUCGCACCACCGGAGGCAUCCAAUCAGAUAAAGGUGACGUCAUCUGGUACCCCUGAGGCUAACGCCGCGCCUAAGACGACGCCUGUUACUGCUAAAUGUCCGAGCACUUCGGAAGCGACCGAAGCAGCCACACAGCCUGCUCCGUUGACAGACAAGAAAAGCUAUAAAGAUGGCGCCGUCGCAACGACCAGUCUAGAAGUGUUCAACUUAGACUCUGACGAGGAGGAAACUGCUGCUAAGGCUCCAACCCCGCCACCACCAGCGAAGGAUAAGCCUCCAUUGAAAUGUAUCAAUAAUUCCUGCGCAAGCGACGCUUCAGAGCCGUUGCACAGGGCUGACUGUUCCACAAUAGCAUACUACAACAGUAACACCAAGAAGAACUGUGUUGUGUGCGGGCCGUGCGCGUACGCAGUGUGCGAGAGGGCGCAGAGGCUAGUGGAGGGCAUAAAGAACCUAACUCCGCUGCUGGAGUUGGAGAUGGGGCGCUCGAGCCAGGAGUUGGUGGAGAUCUCCGACUCGGAGUCUGAAGAUGAAGUGGAGUUUGACGACGAGAAGAGUGACGGCAUCGGGGAGGAGAAGGCCAGAAUGUUGGAGCGCCAGCUAGCGGACAUGAUAAACGCAACUUGGGCAAAGUUCAAGAUGGAUGCUCGCCUCAAGGAGACGGAGGCCCAGCUGGCACUAGACCUCGACAAACUGGAGAAGGAGAGCGAGGAAGUGGAUAAAAUGCUGAAUGAGUGCCAACUGGCGACGGACCAGCUCCGCUGCGAACUGUACACCACCUUCGAGUCUGAGAGGCAGGAGCUACAAGCUAUCAACAUAGUUGACACGCCUGAUGCUUCGUAUUCCGUUCUGGAGCCGUUCGAGAAAGCCAUAUCUGAUUCGAUCCAGCCAAAGCGACGGCUGUCUUCGGCGUGUGAGAUCGCUGCCAAGCGCCCCGCCAUACCGCCUGCGGCCACAGAUGACAAACCGGAUUCACACACCAAGGCUGAGGAGACCAAGGCUAUACCACUUCCAGAUAGUUCAAAGGAUGAUGAUAAGGACGUAUCAGUAGUGAAGCUGUCAGCUGAGGCGGCGCCCGCGUCGCUUCCCCCGCCGGGCGAGCUCCAGCGCCCGCCUGUCCACCCCGGUAUGACUGUGUUCGCGAUGAAGAACGCCUUCGGCUCCUGGUUGAAGGCUAAGAUCGUCGAGUGCACGCCCAAAGGGGGUGGACAACAAUUCACGAUGUGUCGCGUGAGGUUCGACGGCAAGUCUGCGCGUAGCUUGUACAAGAUGUUGCCGGCUCGCUGCCUCGCGUACUCUGACCCCGCCAACGCUCGGAUGACCAUAGGUACUCGCGUGAUAGCUCUGUUCAAGGAAGUGUCUGCGGAGAAGAUGAUGAAGAGGGAGUCAUUCUACUCCGGCAUCGUCGCAGAGGUGCCCAACCCUGUCAACAAAUACAGGUACCUGGUGUUCUUCGACGAUGGCUACGCUCAGUAUGUGCAGCACGCGGACACGCGGCUGGUGUGCGAGUUCUCCACGCUGGUCUGGGAGGAGGUGCAUCCAUUUUCCCGGGAGUUCGUCCGGGAGUACCUGCUGGCGUACCCGGAGCGGCCCAUGGUGCGCCUGCACACCGGCCAGAGCCUCAAGACCGAGUGGAACGGCAAGUGGUGGGUGUCGCAAGUGGUCCAGGUGGACGCGUCGCUGGUCCAGGUGUACUUCGAGCAGGACAAGCGCACCGAGUGGAUCUACCGAGGGUCCACGCGCCUGGCCCCGCUCUACUUGGAGCUGCAGGCGGCUGAGAAGCACCGCGCCCGCCCCAUGCCGCGCAACAGGAUGCAGACCAGGGUGAACAUGCCAUAUGUGGAGUACACGAGGUCAGAUGAACCAGAAACGGCGAAGGCUGAAUCACAGAUCAAGGAACAACAAGAGGAGAUCCGUCGUCAGCGCGCUGUGGCCAAGAAGUCCACCACCGCGACUGCGCCGCCUCCCCCCGCCGCCAACCUCGACGGACUCACCAGUCGAGUUGUGUAUUACACACCAAAGAACGCGGUGCGCCCUCACAAGAUGGUCCCUCAUACGUGCACUCCGGCCUGCAAGAGGAACGACGUACUAGCCCUCUCUGAACUGAGGACCUACAACCCACUCGCCAAGCCCCUUCUGAGUGCCUGGGAGAGACAAAUAGUCCGCUUCAAGGGCCACAAGGAGGUGAUGUACCGCGCGCCGUGCGGGCGGCGCCUGCGCAGCAUGCAAGAGCUGCACCGCUACCUGCGCGCCGUGCACUCCGACAUGGGCGUCGACCUCUUCGACUUCGGGCCCAACACGCACUGCCUGGCCGAGUUCGUGCUCAACAAGUGCAUCGUUGGCAAGAAGGAUCUCUCCCAUGGCAAGGAGAAUGUGCCAGUCCCCUGCGUGAACUAUUACGAUGACUCCCUGCCGGAGUUCUGCUCGUACAACACAGAGCGGACGCCUACGGCUGGGGUGCCGCUCAACCUCGACCCGGAGUUCCUGUGCGGCUGCGACUGCAUCGAUGACUGCCAGGAUAAAACAAAGUGUGCCUGUUGGAAGAUGACGCUAGAGGGCGCUCGCACCAUCGGACUAGAAGGACCUAACGUCGGAUACUCAUACAAACGCCUGCCCGAGCCACUGCCUUCAGGUAUCUACGAGUGCAACUCUAGGUGUAAAUGCAAGUCGACGUGUCUCAAUAGGGUCGCGCAGCACCCGUUACAACUCAAAUUACAGGUAUUCAAAACAGUGAACCGCGGGUGGGGAAUCCGCGCUCUCAACGACGUGCCUAAAGGCGCCUUCCUCUGCAUCUACGCUGGGAACCUGCUCACAGACGCCACUGCCAACCUGGACGGUUUGAACGAAGGCGACGAGUAUCUAGCUGAAUUGGACUACAUAGAGGUGGUGGAGCAGAUGAAGGAGGGGUACGAAGAUGAUAUACCCGAACAGGACAAGAAGCUGGACAAGAAGGAGCUAGGUAAGAAAACGGAGACAGAAUCUGAACCGACCACAGAGGAGGAGGAAGACGGGCCUUCCAAGGAUGAGAAGGAUGACUUCGACUUCAGGCCCGUGGGGUACGUGGAGCCAGGACCCACUGCCUUCAGCAAACGCCUGCGCAAACGCGAGAAGGCGAAGAUCAAGAAGGAAAAAGAAGAACAGCAGAAGAAGGACGCGAAGGAGAAUGCAGAAGAUGACUGCAUCACCAUCAGUGACGAUGAAGAAUUACGAGAGCCCGCUAGAUUCGCAGCGCAAGCUGGUAUGGGCGCUGAAUUUGUCUCCAAAUACAGGUAA